AUGAUGAAGGGUUACAGCCUGAAUAUGAAAGGCGUGACGAUACCCAGAGAUCGACGGAAGGAGCUCGCCAGCCCGCUGAAUGAGACGGAGAUCACUUCACUGCGAAAAGCUACGGGCGAGAUCUCCUGGCUGGAGAGCUGCAAGUGCGCCGAGGGGACCUACCUGGCGGAGGGCGGCGGCCUGGACGGCCCGUGCGUCGACUGCCCAGACGGCAUGCAGUGCGCGUUCGGGAGCGGGGAUUCCAAUUUUGCCUUGGACCUGCCGCACACGGCGGACCCCACGCGGGGCGAGCCCGCCGGGAGCACCUUCUCGAACCUCUUCGCCAUCGACGGCAGCAUGAAAACGGCUGCAGAUGACGAUCAGCCUUUCCCGAUGGUCGAGGAGGGCUACAUGACCCGGACAGACGAUCUGCUGAGGGUGUUCAAGUGCAAGACCAAGAGCCAUUGCCCAGGUGGCCUGCCCGCUACCUGCGCACGGGGGCGUGACAGCGGCGAGGUCGCCUGCGCAAGGUGCGAGGACUACACGUACGAGGAGGGUGAGGAGUGCCACCCUUGUCAAGCGAACGCUACGUGGCUUGUUCUGUUGGCAUGCUUCGCUGCCGUCGUGGCAGUCUGUGUUGGAACCAUAUCCGUUAACCGUAAUCUGCUGAUGCAGACGAGCUCGACUUUGAUGUGUGUCAUCAUGGCUAGCCAGAUGUUCCUCGGCCUCCAGACGUUUUCGGUCUUCACUUUUUUCAGCCUGGAGUGGUUCGAACCGUUGCGGGGCAUGCUCAAAAUCAUGUCCUUAAUAAGCUUUGAUCUCGAAAUUCUGCGCAUAUCUUGUUCAAUGGGCUCCAAUCCCACGUCGAAUUACGCACUUCGGCAAUUUGUUGCUCCGCUCGCGGUCCCGUGGAUCUGCUUGACCGUGCUGGUCAAGAAACAGUUCGAUCCCCAAGCGAUGCACUUCAGGGAGGCUGUCAACACCAUCGGCACAGUGUUUCAGGUAUUCUUCAUCUCGAUCGUGCUCUCAGCAACGGCCCCCCUGGUGUUUUACGACCACCCGAACGACGCUGGCAGUUCGCUCGUGAGCGAUCCGGCCGUCCUCUACUUCGAGAGCGACGAGCACUAUUCGAUGCUAGCGGUUGGCAUUCUCGCCAUGGUCCUGGUACCCUUGCCAUUCCUGUCUUUCGUGCUCUACGGCACUCUGAAGUACCCUAACUAUGCGGUCACGGUGGGCGCCGAUACCAAUUUCUUUGGGUUCGCCUCCUUCCGUUUCUUGUUCUUUCGCUUCAAGCCGUCUCGCUACUACUACGGCUUGAUCAUGCUCGUGCGGAACUUGCUCCUCUGCCUCGUGCCCGUCAUUAUCGAGUCGGACGUCGCCGCUCAGGUCAUCUGCACGUCCGUCCUCAUCCUGGCCACCAUGGUGUUGCAGGUGGAGCUCGCCCCCUGGAAGCUGGCGGCGGCAAACUACGCCGACGCGGCCUGCAGCUCCACGCUGCUGAUGGUCCUCAUCUGCGGAGCGAUGGCGGCGAACGUGGACGUCCAGAACUCCUCGAUCCCGGCCUUUGCCUCCGUGCUCGUCGGUUUCUUCUUCGCCGUGGGAGCUGUCCUCGUCGCGGCCUCGGCGUUUUACUACUUCAAGCCCUUUCCCACGUAUGCCUUCUUCAUCUGUCAUCACCGAGAGGGCGCCCAGGCGCAGGCGCGGCUGCUGAAGAUGAUACUGACGUCCAAGACAGGCCAGCCGGUCCUCACCGACACGGAUGACCUCAUGCAAUUGGAUUCGUUGUUCGACACAGUCAAGACGCAGGUUCACCAUUUGGUGGUCUACUUGACGAGGGACACUCUGAGCAGGCCGUGGUGCGCUGGCGAGAUCGUCACUGCACUCAUGUGGCGCAGGCGGGUCACUGCGGUGGUCACGGACAGCUUCGUGCCGCCGAACGAUGUUGACUAUGCGGACAUGGCCAAGUACCUGGACUUGAGCAGUUGCUCCCUGAACGCCUUCGGCAUCACGACCGACAGUGUGGCCACUGCGUACCGCAGCCUCAUGAGCGACGACGUUCAAAAAGUCCACAUGCGCAGUGGCGUGAAGGGCAUGGCCCGCUUCGAGGAGGUUACCAACUUCCUCAGCGACUGCCAGGAGGUGAGUGCCGCGUCGAAUGAGACAGAGGCCAAGGCCAGCGCCGAGGCCCUCCCCAGGGAGCCCAGGGCGGUCUUGAUCUCCUCCGAGCCCGGCAACGACGAGAUCCAGCCCCAGCUGAAGGGCCUCGUCCCCGAGGGGGUACGGGUCAUCGACGAGUACGCCAGGGACGAGGGCGCGAUUGUCAAUGCCGUCGCAGCCGCGCGCGCGCUGCUGGUCCUGCUCUCCCCAGGAACGUUGGCAGCCUCCGAGCAGAUCACGGCGAUCGAGCAGAUCAUGCUGUCGAUCGAGAAGGCCGGGAAUGAGGGCGUGCCACCUCCCGCCGCGGUCUCCGUAGCCUGGGGGUUCCAGGUCCCCUCCGACGAGUACUACAACGAGAAGAUCCGCAGGGUGUCCCAGGGGGGGCAGAAGUCAGCGGCGCUGAUCCGCUCGUUCUUCCAGCAGGGCGCGGUGCAGUUCUCCGUCGGCGCCUCCGAGCAGAUCCUCGAGGCGCAGGUCUCGGAGCUGGUGCUCCGCGUCUCCCGCGCCGAGGCGCAGGAGGGCCCCAAGGAGCAGGCGGAGCACGGCGCGGAGGGCGAGCACAGUGCGCAGGGCCAGGGCGGCGGGACCGCCGCGGGCGGCGAGGACGAGCCAGCCGACGACGCGCCGCAGGGGGCGGGCCCCCCCGCGGGCCCUCAGCAGGAGGCGGGUCAGGGCGGCGACGACAAUGCUUCGCUCCAGGUGUAGCGUUGACUCGAAGCCGAAGCUCGGUGCCCUGCGAGGAGGCCCGAAGAAGAGGAGAGAGAGAGAGAGAGAGAAAGAAAGAAAGAAAGAAAGAAAGAAAGAACGCUGGUGAGCACAGACUUUGUUUGUCGCUCCGUGCGGAUUCCUCGGAUCCGCGCUGGGCACCUUUUUUCCCUGGAGCGCUCCGCGCGCCAGGGAGGGCGCUGGAGGCCCCCUGCAACAGAGGCCAUGUCGGCCGACCCAAUGCGUGCCAAUGCAUGCUUGAUGCGGGCCCUUCAGCUUGUUGUGCCGAACCUUGGCACGCAGCCAUUAUUGCACGUUGCGGCUGGGUGUGGAACGAUCUACCACAUGUGUCGAGCCGGCUACACUGACAUACGCUUCGUAUGUCCCUACCUGGACGGUUCUCGUGCGAAGAGGUGUGGCGAAGCAUUGCGCAACAAAAAUCUGGAUUUGCCAAACCAAUGGAG